ACCACCGCCCGUUGGACAGGAUGUUUUUUGUAGGCAGCUGUAUUCCCUAUAGAGGAACUACCAUUGCAUCUCUGCAGCAGAAGAUGCCAUUUUGAGUGAUACUUGGAGGGGUUGCCAUGGUUACAUGUCCCAUUGGUCUGUCACCUUCACUGUCCUCAGGAACAAAUCCCCUCUUUUACAAGCUGUGGUCUUACCUUACUUCAGAAGACUGUGUUUGCCUGACUAUCCCCUGUGUCUGAGUCUGUUUCUGCACUGGAGGCCCUGCUGUCUCGAAUCUAGUGCAGAGGUGUUUGGUUAGAGCUUCUAGCCUUAGACACCAGUAGGGGGGAAGGGUGUGAGCCUUGGUCUGAGCAGUGGCAGUACCCUGCCACCUGGUGUGUAGGCUUGCUUUGCAGGACCUGGAGUUUCCUUGCUGGAACACUGCAAAUAAUAAGGACAAGCAGCUCCCAGCCCAGGAGAAAGUCUUGAGUGCAAAUGAACCUUGACAUUCUGGGGAUGGGCCACGGGCCUUUUUUUUUGGCUGGGCUAAACCUUCCUAGAGAAGGUGCUAACUAAGCAUGCGAGUACAGAAGCCAGAAAGGCUGCAUAAGAGGGAUAUUGGGUGCCGCAGGUUCCCAGCUACAGCCUCUUGGGAAAACCUGCAGCACGCAGUGCAAGAGCUAUGCGCAGGCGGUAGUUCUGGGUCGAGCUGUUUGGUGGGGGACCGUUUUACCCAGGAUGUGCGGCGAGUCGGGGCGGCGCGUGCGCGCUGGGUACGCGUGUGCUCUGCCUGUGUGCGCGCAGGGCUGACAUCUCAGUGACGCUGUCUGAGCUUGGUGCGCGCAGAGCAGAGCAGGUGGAGCGGGCCGGCCGGGGCGGAGCGGAGCGGUCCGCAGAGAAGCCCCUCCCGGCCUCGGCCGACCCCGGCCCUCGGCCCGGCUCUAUGGACAGGAGCUCGCUGCUGCAGCUAAUCCAGGAGCAGCAGCUGGAUCCUGAGAACACAGGCUUCAUCGGUGCAGACACCUUUGCUGGUCUGGUACACAGCCAUGAGCUGCCCCUGGACCCUACCAAGUUGGACAUGUUGGUGGCUCUGGCUCAGAGCAACGAACGGGGCCAGGUCUGCUACCAGGAGCUGGUGGACCUGGUCAGUGCCAUGAUGAGCAGCAAGCGUUCCAGCAGCUUCAAGAGGGCCAUUGCUAACGGACAGCGGGCGCUGCCCCGGGACGGACUGCUGGAUGAGCCAGGCCUGGGCAUCUACAAGCGGUUUGUGCGCUAUGUGGCCUACGAGAUCCUGCCCUGUGAGGUGGAUCGCCGCUGGUACUUCUACCGGCACCGCAGCUGCCCGCCCCCUGUGUUCAUGGCCUCUGUCACCCUUGCCCAGAUCAUCGUGUUCCUGUGCUACGGGGCACGUCUCAACAAGUGGGUGCUCCAGACCUACCACCCCGAAUACAUGAAGAGCCCUCUAGUGUAUCAUCCGGGACACCGUGCUCGCGCCUGGCGCUUCCUCACCUACAUGUUCAUGCAUGUUGGGCUGGAGCAGCUAGGGUUCAAUGCCCUCUUGCAGCUGAUGAUCGGGGUGCCCCUGGAGAUGGUGCACGGUGUACUUCGCAUCAGCCUGCUCUACCUGGCUGGAGUGCUGGCAGGCUCCCUGACUGUCUCUAUCACAGACAUGCGUGCCCCUGUGGUAGGGGGCUCUGGAGGGGUCUAUGCCCUGUGCUCAGCACACCUGGCCAAUGUUGUCAUGAACUGGGCUGGGAUGCGGUGUCCGUACAAGCUGCUGAGGAUGGUGCUGGCUCUGGUGUGCAUGAGUUCCGAAGUGGGCCGGGCUGUGUGGCUGCGCUUCUCCCCACCACUGCCUGCCUCAGGCCCACAGCCCAGCUUUAUGGCACACCUGGCCGGUGCAGUGGUAGGUGUAAGCAUGGGCCUUACCAUCCUUCGAAGCUAUGAGGAGCGCCUGAGGGACCAGUGCGGCUGGUGGGUGGUGCUACUUGCCUAUGGCACCUUCCUGCUUUUCGCCAUCUUCUGGAACGUCUUUGCCUAUGACCUGCUGGGUGCCGAUGUUCCCCCUCCACCUUGACCUGCUCCUUAGGGCCACAUGGCUAGCGCCUGGCCUGCAGUGGGUCAGCCACGAGGUGGGCCUGCAUGUCUGCCCUAUGAAUGGACCCCUCAGGGCUGCUCUUCCCCCCGGGGGCAGGCAGGCCCUGUGGUCUACCAGGUUGAGGCCAAGCCUUACUGCAGCCCUUGCCACCCUCCCAGGCCUUUCUGGGGAGGGUGUUGCUAGACCAGGGCUGGGUGGAGGUCCUUGAAUGUAGCCCUGGAGAAUAUCCCCUCCCUCCCUCCCGAUCCCCAGGACUUGCAGUCUGAGCCUUUUUGGAGAAUGAAUAAAUAUUUUACACAGCA